AUGGAAGUCGACAAGUACGCCGCCAGCAACACCUCCGACACGUCGAGCGAGGAUUCCGACCACCGGCCGGAAGACAACGUGGGUGUCGGCCGGUCUUACGAGUGCGCUUUCUGCAAGCGAGGCUUCACUAACGCUCAAGCUCUCGGCGGCCACAUGAACAUUCAUAGAAAGGACAAAUUAAAGGCCGCCAAGCACAACAACAACAUCUCUCAUCAUCAACAACAACAAUCUCCUCCAAAAAAAUCCAACUAUUCUGAUCCAAGGGCGGACUGGGCGACAGCCCAUUUGAGUUACCAGUUUAAUUACUCGCCUCCGUCAAACCCUAGCUACCAACAAGUUUAUUAUCAUCAUACGAUGAGGUACGGAGAUUUCAUGGGUGCUAAUAAUGAUCUUAGCCUGAGAGUGGGCCCUUCAAACGUGGAAGACGAUGAUGAAGAUGAAGGGAGAAAGGAAGAAUCUGAUGAUGACGAGGAGGAAACUACUGAUGAGGUGGAUUUGGAACUCCGUCUAGGACGUCACAAAUACCGGUAA